GCAAUUGUUUGCUUUGUCGUGAUGCCACUCAGCAGAUCCAUGCCUCUUAUGCUGAAUAACUACACCGUGUCUCGUCUUGGUCGGAAGUUGUAUGUGGAUGACCAGAAAGUGCUCGUUGCACUGCCGAGAGAUAUUAUCCCUGAACGAACUUGGGCCGAGGUCCUCCAAAAAGAGGACACAGAGCUGAUGGUGCUCGAGAUCCGGGAGGAUAUCGUCGAAGAAGCCCUAAAUAUAGGCUACGGGAGGUACAUGGAGCGCCAAACAGCGCCUUUCACCAGCCACUGCGCCGCUCUAGCCUGGCUUAAACUCAUAGACUGGCACUUCUACAAGCACGACCCGGGCGAAGAUCCUUCCGCCUACCCUCCCUGCUUCAUCCCGAAGCGCGUGGAAUCCUGGACCCCGGACGAGAUGCCCCUACCCUCCCCCAAGGACGCCUGGGGCCGGAUGAACCUGAACGUGGUGGAGGAGGUCGUCGAAGAGACGCUGAGGAGGUGGCCUAGCUCCCAGUCCGUAGACCUGCCCGUGGUGGACGAAAUUCCGCCAGAGUGCCGGUUUCCGGGCAAGGUGUUGCUGCCAGGAUACAUUUACGAUGAAAGUUCCGAUUAUGACACCAUUACGUUUGACGAGAGCGUUUCUUCGGAUAUGGCCACCGAGAGUGAGCUUCUGCAAAAGGUCACUAACUACACCCCAGCAGAGACUUCCAUCAAGUCAAUGACCACGACGACAUUCGGCUCCCAAAAGGGUACAACCACGGAAACUACAGAGGUAUCGAGCCCUCUCCACGGAGGGGGGGACUCGGCCACACGUCCCUCCAAAAUGCGCUCCCAAUCAACCAAGAGUAAGAUCUUCAACCGAUCCAGCAUGCAAAGGUCCAAAAUCAGCCUGCCUCCUCUCCACACGGACUCGCGGUCAAGAGUAUCUGUCAUCUCAGACUGUCGGUUGCGAAACCUCAGAUUGGACACUCAAUACGAGAUUACUUCAGAGAAGAUAGCUUCGGUGCCGAAAGUUAAUAUCAAAAGAAAGUGACCAGUUGGGUAUGGUGCAUACCUUAU